AAAACACAUGGCAAAGAGAAUAACAGAACGAUUGUGGAUCGUAGAGCUUCGAAGCCUGGGAAUUGUCGUGACCCCUCUUCGUCGUUCUUCUCUUCUUUUCCCAAAAUCAUGUCCCUCACGAUUGUGUUUUCCAAUUCUGUAGCGGAAUAAGAAAAGUCCCUAAUUACUUGCGGGUUCUCUCGUAACCAAUCUAGGGUUUCGGUCUGACUUUUGCUCUGUGAGAGAAUGUCUCGUUGUUACCCAUUCCCACCACCUGGCUACAUAAUUCGUGAUGGGUCUCUGAUCGAAUCGGUUAAGGGGGCAAAGGAGGGAGCUAAGAGAGAUAGAAAACACAAGAAGGACAAAAAGAGGAAGGAGAGGGAUAAUGAGUCUGCCCACCGAAGCAAGAAGCACCGUCAUCAUAAGAGACGUCGGAAAGAUGCUAGUAAGAAGGUUGAUGAUGGCCGCGGAUUAGUAACAGGCGACGAGCUUGAGUGCUUGGAGAAGAGCUGUCUCACAGUGGAUUUUGAGCAUCAAACGUCGUCUCAGAAUUCUUGUGAUAGCAGCAGACCGGAUCAUAUUAAGAGUCCGCUGCUACUCGAUGGUAGGCAGUACGGCUCUGGUGAGUUUGUUUGUUUACUUGUUGUUGUUGGGUCUGUUUUGCUUCACGUGAUGAUGACACUCUUUCUUCAAAUUAUUGGGUUUGAAGAAGCCAGCAUACGGAUCUUGUUACAUGGCAAAGAGCAUGAACAUCAAGAUGCUGAGGUUAUGAUUACCAACGAGGAUCCUAGCGAGUCCCUUGAUCAUGCUUCUGCAAAUGAAGCUCCACUAGACCCUUUAAUGCUCUGCCAAGAGAAGAGAAGGAGAGAAAUCACAACAAAACUCAGUAAAGAGAAGAAAACUGUUCCUCUAGAAUCAGACAGUCGAAUCAGUAAGCCACUGGGUAAAGAGACUCAUCAAGAAACUGUUGGAACUUCAAAGCUAUGCAGCAAAUGCCCUCCUUCCACGGCUGUGCGGUUCUUGAAUCUCAUCGAGAACUGGGCCCCUGAUCGGGUUCAGAGCAAGCUCACCGACUCUGAAGAUCAAGAAUUGUGGUUGUUCAUGAAGGUUGGUGCUAAAAGACAUCAUCAUCAAGUUAGCAUUCAGACAACCAGCAAUGGAAGUAGUUCGAUGGUGUGGCGGCCAACUGCUAACUUUCUUCCAGAAGCAGAACUACACGCAUUGCCAUUCACUGUCCCGUUCUGAUCUCUUCAGAGAGGGUUGACAUGACCAACAAAUUGUUUUCCUAUAUGCAUUUUUAGGUAGCAUUAAACUUGGAGAUAUAUGUGUGAUUCUUUGUAGUCUUGUAGAUGCACAGUUAUAUAUAUAAAUAGUAUACUAAAAUUAGUUUUACAUCAA